UUUCAGAAUCCAGAGAGAUUGAGGAAAGAGAAACAAGAGAGAGAAAGGGAGAGAGACGAGAGAGAAAAAGGGAGAGAGAGAGAGGAGAGAGAAACAAGGGAGAGAGAGAGAGAAAGAAGCAUUUCGGGAGUGUCUGGAUCUAGAAACAACAGUAGGUGUCUGCGAUUCUCUCUCUCGUACGAAGAUGUCUGCUCGCCACGAGAAAGAGAAAGGAGGCGUUAAUGUUCAGGUUCUUCUUCGUUGCAGGCCGUUUAGCGAAGACGAGUUACGGAACAAUGCCCCACAAGUGGUUACCUGCAAUGACUACCAGAGAGAAGUCGCAGUAUCUCAGAACAUUGCAGGGAAGCACAUAGAUAGGGUUUUCACAUUCGACAAGGUUUUUGGUCCUUCAGCCCAGCAAAAAGAUCUUUAUGAACAAGCAGUUAUUCCCAUUGUCCAUGAAGUCUUAGAGGGUUUUAAUUGCACCAUUUUUGCAUAUGGCCAGACUGGUACUGGAAAAACUUACACCAUGGAGGGUGAAUGCAAGAGGUCGAAGAGUGGUCCUAAUGGAGAGUUGCCCCCAGAAGCAGGCGUCAUACCUAGAGCUGUGAAGCAAAUUUUUGAUACAUUGGAGGGUCAAAAUGCAGAAUACAGUGUGAAAGUUACUUUCUUAGAAUUGUAUAAUGAGGAGAUCACUGAUUUGCUUGCCCCUGAAGAAUUAUCUAGGGUUGUUGCUUUGGAGGACAAGCAGAAAAAGCAGUUGCCUCUUAUGGAAGAUGGGAAAGGUGGAGUUCUGGUUAGGGGUUUAGAGGAGGAAAUUGUAACAAGUGCCAAUGAGAUUUUUACACUACUUGAAAGGGGCUCCGCAAAACGUCGAACUGCAGAAACCCUGUUAAACAAACAAUCAAGUCGGUCACAUUCUCUUUUUUCCAUAACCAUACACAUCAAGGAAGCAACCCCAGAAGGGGAAGAACUUAUCAAAUGUGGCAAGUUAAAUUUGGUUGAUCUAGCCGGUUCAGAAAACAUUUCUCGUUCUGGUGCUAGGGAGGGUCGUGCAAGAGAAGCGGGAGAGAUCAAUAAAAGUUUACUAACCCUUGGUCGGGUUAUUAAUGCUCUUGUGGAGCAUCUUGGGCAUAUCCCCUAUAGGGAUAGCAAGCUCACACGUUUACUUCGUGACUCAUUGGGAGGAAGAACUAAGACAUGCAUUAUUGCCACGGUGUCACCUGCUGUCCAUUGUUUGGAGGAGACAUUGAGUACAUUGGAUUAUGCACACCGGGCAAAAAAUAUAAAAAAUAAGCCUGAGGUGAAUCAAAAAAUGAUGAAAUCAACUCUUAUCAAAGAUCUUUAUGGUGAAAUUGAACGACUUAAGGCAGAGGUUUAUGCUGCACGUGAGAAAAAUGGUGUCUAUAUACCGAAGGAUCGAUUCUAUCAGGAGGAGAGUGAAAGGAAGGCAAUGACAGAUCAGAUUGAACAAAUGGGGGUUGUGAUAGAAAACCAUCAGAAGCAACUUGUGGAAUUGCAAGAUAGAUAUGAUUCUCAGGUUCAACAAUGCUGUGAUUUGAGCAGCAAACUUGGUGCUACCCAGAGAAACUUAAACCAAAAAAGUAAAUUGCUGGACAGUACUGAAGAAGAACUAAGAAGAACCCAGUAUGUUCUAAAGGAGCGGGAUUUUAUAAUAUCUGAACAGAAAAAAGCAGAAAAUGCGCUGGCUCAUCAGGCAUGUGUGUUACGGUCUGACUUGGAAAAAUCUCUUAAAGAUAAUGCUUCUUUGUUCUCGAAGAUUGCCAGAGAAGACAAACUGAAUGCUGAGAAUAGGUCAGUUGUGAACAAUUUCCAAGCUGAACUUGCACAGCAACUUGGUUCCCUUUGCGACACCCUAUCCACAUCCAUGACUCGACAAAAUGAACACCUCCAGUGCAUUGAGACACUUUGCCAUUCGUUUUUGGAAAUGCAUGAUAAGGCCGUUAACGAUUUGGAGAAGAAAAUGACUGCUUCAAGGGCUUUAUAUGUUUCUCACAUUGAGGCCAUGCAAAAUGUAGUGCGUCUGCACAAGGCUAGCUGUAAUGCUGCUUUAGAUGAGAUUUCAGCUUCGGCUUCUUCAAAUGUGCAUUCCAUUGAAGAAUUUUUAGCUGCAGAGGCUGCUGAAGCUAAUUCGCUUUUUGAUAAUCUUCAAUGCGCUCUAUCAACUCACCAAGGAGAAAUGGCACUAUUUGCCAGAGAGCUCAGACAGAGGUUCAAUGUUAGUCUUGAGAAUACAACGAACAUUUCAGAGUUUAUUCAUGGAUUUUUACAAAAAAUUCUGGAAGAGUCAAGACGGCUGGAAAGUCAUGCAACACAAGUUGAUGAGAUUCAGAUGAAGAGCAUUGCUGAAUUUCAGAAAGCUUAUGAGGAGCAGUCAAAAUCGGAUGCCGAGAAACUUAUUUCUGACAUGACCUGUUUAGUCUCCAAACACAUCCAUCGUCAAAAAGAGCUGGUUGAUGCAAAGCUUAAUGGUUUUAGAGAAACUGUAGUUGGGAAUAAGACAUUUUUGGAUGGUCAUGUUACCUCGAUGGAGGGUAUAACAACAGAUGCUAAAAGAAAAUGGCAAGAGUUCUCAAUGCAAGCUGAGAAUGAUGCUAAGGAUGGUGCUGAUUUCUCUGCUGCCAAACAUUGCCGUAUGGAAUUACUCCUCCAGCAAUGUGUAAGCACUGCUGAAUCAGUUUUCAAGCACUGGAAAAGGACGCAUGAAAGUGUAAAUGAAAUGGGUAGUCAACAUGUCUCUACAAUGGUCUCACUUGUCAGGAACGCUUUUGAUAGUAAUGAGCAACAUGAUACUGAGAUCUGCUCUGCUCGAGCUGCUGCUGAAGAAGAUGCGGCAAAUAAUAGUGAAGAUGUCAUUCAGUUUAUUGGUCGUGAAUCAGAGCAAGAGCGUGGAUAUAUAUCUGGAAUUUUGGCAGCUAAAAAAGAUCACGCAGACACUCUUGAUGUUUUGCGGGAGGAUCAUUCUGUUCAAUCUGCUUGUAUUGAAAAGAAGGCUGUCAACACCUUCCAGCAGCAAUAUACGGACUAUGAGCCCAGUGGCACAACACCAACUAGGUGUGAGCCAGAAGUCCCUAGUAAAGGGACUAUAGAGUCACUUCGAGCCAUGCCAAUGGAAGCACUUCUAGAAGAAUUUCGAGAAAACCAUUCAUAUGAAUCAUUUGAAGUAAAAGAACCAAAGCCGUCUCUGAUACCACGUUCGCCCCUCAUCCAACUCAAUUGAUAACAGCUUGGUUGUCUCAUCUCUAAUUUGUAUUUGUAAUUUUUGUGUAAACCAUUGUUAUGGAAGAUAUAAGGAAGCAGCGUUAGGUGUCAUAAUAGGUUAAUCGGCUAUACAAGGCAUUACUGAGUGUAAUUCUUGUCUCUAUAGAUUGACCGACGUUGUAUAUUGAGGGGAAAGGUCUACAUGGUUUUUUUUCUUCUUAAAAGUUGUUUUAUUCGUAGAGUACCUUUUCUUAUGUAAUGUAAGAAUAUUUUUUAUUACAUGAAGGGUAAGGAUGGAUAUUAUUUUCUGUCA